AUGUUGAGGCUCCUCUCCUUGCUGGGUUUGCUGAUCUGGCUGCAGCCCUGUGUGGCUCCGCCAGUCUUGCUUCCUGGCAGCCCUUUGUCUGAUAGUGAAUAUGAGGUUUUCUUCUCCAAACUGAGGCCCUCAUGGAAGGCACRUGCUGCCUGCCAGCUCCGUCACGACCAUGGCUGUGUCAACCCUGAAAUCCUGCAGCUGGACAAGGAGGAGAACCACGGCACUAUCCCUGAAGGGCCCAUCUGCUCUGAAUUCCCCGAGGGACUGUGGUUUAUGAACUUCUGCCAGUUCGCCCAGUACCGCUGCUACAACCACAGAUUCUAUAUGAAGCGAAUCCUGUGUCCACCUUUGUCUCCUCCACAAGAGGAUCUUAUCCAGGCAGAGCGAUCUUAUGCUUUGGAGUCCUGGGCAAAUGAUGGAAGCUCCCUUACAAAAUCAGGACCGACUCCCAUUCUGGACAUAGACAGCUUUUUGCAGGCCAAUGUGGAUGCUCUCCUGAGAUAUUCCUAUGCGCUGUCAAGUCUGAAACCGAUGCCUAAGCAGCACCCCUCUGCCGUGGCAUGGGUGCAGGAAGCCCCCUCGGUCAGGGGCCAACCUGGGCCUCCAGGAAGCCAGCCUGUCCCAGAUGCCCCUACUGAAUUGUCUCCCAGGCUGAAAGCCCGGGACCAAACUAAUGGGGCCUGGAGCCAGCGCCUGCAGCACAACAUCCAGCGGCUGAUAGAUCUGACUCUCUCCUUGGAGACGACCCCRAGUACAGAAAUCUCUGCACCAGCCUUGGGUGUCAAGAAGGACCAGUGGAGCACACCCAGCCGUGCUGAGAAGAGUGUGCAGGCCACGGCCGCCAGUGGCAGCCUUUUAGCUCUGCGGAAGAAUGAGGCCAUGACAAUCCUCUGCCAUACUGUACUGUAUGGAAACUGUAUCUCAUCAGGGGUCACCCAGGCCUGGAAACAAAUGGAAGAAAGAGACCUUGGCUUUGGAGAGUCGGUGUGCGACAGUCUUGGACGGCAUCACGUGGACCUGUGUCCUGACUGCGCUUUCUGCUCGCUGAAGAGGGAGCAGUGCCGGAACACGACCAACCUGAGACGUGUUCAUUGCAAGAAAGGGAAUUUCAUCCCCUACAUCAACCCCUACACCUCAGCUGAGCUUCAGGCUAUAGUCAAUCAGGUCAAAUCCCCCACCUUGGAGUACAAUGGCCUGAAGGUUUACAGAAGGUCGAGUGAGGAGUACUGGUGUGGCCACUUGGGCAUGCGUGGCUGUGAAGACCGACGCGUGGCCCUCUGGCUGAAAGCAGAAUACGCUUCCUUUGAAGUUGGGGAUGCUCCAAACCAGGUCUGUGAUUCAAGUGGAGUUCAAUACCCCAGCUACUGCGCAUUCAAGAGCCACCAGUGCCUGCAACAUAGCCUGCAAAACCAAAAGGUGUCUCGUGUUGCCUGCUCCCAGAACAAGCCUUACCGAGUGCUGACUGAGGAGGAAGGAAAGGAAGAGGUACUGCUGUGGCACCGCUGGUUCCUCAAUAUCAUGAAGGAUUAAGUGCUGUACUUGGAGACAAGCAGAAGGUACACGGAUCCAGGACAGGCCCUUGAGAGUUGUGACGACAUGGAAAACCUGGACAGCUCUGCUGUCUGGUGAACUCCCCAUUACCCGAUCUCAUCUGCACUCCUGCUCAGCUUCUUUGACAGCAGCACGGCCUUUCAACAGAAGUUUCAUUCAACAGCAUUUCCCUGUGGCACCUGCUAAAACCUCUCUUGAGAAAAUUUUCUCCAGUCACAGGAACUGAAAAGCACUGACAUCUGCCUCAGAGAAAUGGACGUAGGGCCAAAGGCCCACAUGUCCACGUCUGAAUUGCCCAACCAUCUUUGUCUUUACAAUUUUGAAGGCCUGUGCCAAUUGGGAUCAUCUCUAAAGCUGAGUCAUGUUUUCUUCA